AAAGAACAACAAUAGAAAUGUCAUAUUCCUCCUGUUACAGCACUAAGUGCACGAACAUCGACUAGUUAUAUUUCACAUAAAUUUUUGUUGGUUUCGUUUUACAAAACAAAUAAUUGAAAAUGAAUUGGACCAGUACAUUAUUGAAUAGUGCUAUCAAGGCUUGGCAGCCACGCAUAAUGUCGGUUCGAUUUCGUUAUCACGCAGAUAAAGUUGCUCGUGGACCGCUUGUACGCCGGUAUGGAUACAAGGAAAAAAUUCUUCAGCGCGGACUUCUACCGCACUUGGACAAUGGGCAAAAACUUCCGAUGCCAGACUAUAGACCCAAAAACGCCUGGUGCGAAAAACGAGCUCUGUUCGGUCAGAACGACUACAUCGAUAUUCUGGGGAACGAUAAGCUGCAUCCGACGCGUGUUCUUUAUUCGGUCCCAUCAUGGCUGCGAGGUGUUUCCGGCAAUGAAUAUCAGGUGCUGCUGCGUAAGCGGAAGAUGCUUAGCCAAACGAUCUAUCCUGUUGCUCGACCAACCAAGUGGCGUGACAUGGAGAAACGAAUUUCCUAUCUCUAUCGGAUACUAAAUCGAAAAACCAAAACUGGACCGUCUAAUAUAUAACAACUUUCAGACUAGCUGGUUCAUUCAUUUAUAGUGUAUAAUAAAUCUGUUCUAUAAAACAAAUGAA